AUGGGAAUUGUUUUUAAUAAACCCGGUAAACCGAAUCUCUACCUGAGGACCUUGGUUAUUAAGAUGGAUAGACAAACUGUUAUAAUUGUUAAAUCCAUAAAAUAUUUAGGAAUCAUAUUAGACCAUCGUUUAUCAUGGAAUACACACAUAGCAUACAUCACUGAUCGUACUGGCAGUAUAUGUAAUAUUCUUACUGGCUUUGCUAAGAGACGCUGGGGACUUACUACCGAUGCCCUUAACAUCAUAUACAAACAAAUUUUCCUACCAAUAAUUACAUAUGCUUGCGGUAGCUGGAGCCAAGAUAUAUAUAAAAUUCAUAUAAAUAGAAAACUUAUAUUUGCACAAAGAAAGGCGCUGAUCCAGUUGACCAGAGCUUAUUGCACAACUCCUAAUGUCUCCAUCCAAGUUCUGGCAAGAUGUCUUCCUAUUGAUAAGAUCAUUGUUUAUACUGCAAAAACUUGGCAUAUCAAAUGGGGACAGAAUAUACAAACUGAUGAUUACAUUAUUAGGGCAAAGGACGUCGAAAGACCAGUGGCAUUUAAUCAAUCAAGACAUCCUGCUACCACAAAUAAUUUUGGUAUUAACACCUAUGAUAAUGUAGACUUUCAUCUUUAUACAGAUGGCUCUAAAACGGGUAACCGAGUAGGCUGCAGUUUUAUUGCAUAUUGCCGUGAAGAGAUAUUGACUAUGGAACAAUAUCGACUUGGUGAAUAUUGCUCAAAUUUCCAAGCCGAAUUGUUUACCAUUCAAAUGGCUGUUGCUUGGUGUAAGCAUAAUUAUACAAACAAAAGGAUUUCUGUUAAUACUGAUUGUUCUUCUGCCAUAGCUCUGCUAAAAAGCAGAAACUAUCAUCCGAUUGCAAAUCGUAUACAAGAUAUCAUAAAUACAUCCAGUUGUCAUUUCGCUAUAAACUGGAUUCGAGGACAUCAAGGGCACUAUGGAAAUGAAUUGGCAGAUGAACUUCCAAAAGAGGCUUUUUAUAAGGAGGACUUACCUGUAACUUACAAAAGCAUUAGUAUACAAACAAUUAAAACUAUCCUGUGGAAAGAACUAAUUCAUGCAUGGCAGCUUCAAUGGAAUAAUAUUAAUAAUAAAACACAUGAAUAUAUUACAGAUAUUANAGAAUUAGUAUACAAACAAUUAAAACUAUCCUGUGGAAAGAACUAA